AUGGCAGCAGUCAUCUUGAUCCUGACAAAGUACUACCAUGCAGACAUGGGGAAGGUUCUGGAAAGUUCUCUGUGGCGGUCCUCAGAUUUUGGGACAACAUACACCAAGCUUUCUCUCCAGCCUGGUGUCACCACUGUCAUUGACAACUUCUAUAUCUGCCCAGCCAACAAGAGAAAGAUCAUCCUGGUGAGCUCGUCCCUUGGUGACCGGGAACAGAGUCUCUUCCUCAGCACCGACGAGGGUACCACCUUCCAGAAGUAUCCUGUCCCCUUCCUCGUGGAGAGCCUCCUCUUCCACCCGAAGGAGGAGGACAAGGUUCUUGCCUACACCAAAGACAGCAAGCUAUAUGUGUCAUCUGACCUGGGGAAGAAGUGGACACUUCUACAGGAACGGGUGACCAAGGACCACGUGUUCUGGGCUGUGUCUGGGGUGGACACCGACCCCAACCUGGUGCACAUGGAAGCACAGGACCUCAGUGGAGGCUGUCGGUACCUCACCUGCCUGAUCCACAACUGCUCUGCUCAGCCCCACACGGCACCCUUCGCUGGCCCUAUUGACUGUGGCUCCCUGACUGUGCAGGACGAGUACAUCUUUCUGAAGGCAACAGCAACAAACCGAACCAAAUACUAUGUCUCGUAUCGCCGCAGUGACUUCGUAUUGAUGAAGCUGCCCAAGUAUGCCCUACCCAAGGACUUGCAGAUCAUCAGCACGGAUGAGCAGCAAGUGUUCGUGGCCGUACAGGAGUGGAACCAGGUGGACACCUACAACCUGUACCAAUCAGACCUGCGAGGAGUGCGCUACUCACUGGUGCUGGAGAAUGUGCGCAGCUCGAGGCAGGCUGAGGAGAACGUGGUCAUCGACAUCCUUGAGGUCAGAGGGGUGAAAGGAGUCUUCUUGGCAAACCAGAAAGUGGAUGGCAAGGUGACAACACUCAUAACCUACAACAAGGGCCGUGAUUGGGAUUACCUGAGGCCACCCAGCACCGACAUGAAUGGGAAGCCCACCAACUGUCAGCCGCCGGACUGCCAUCUGCACUUACACCUGCGCUGGGCAGACAACCCCUAUGUGUCGGGCACAGUACACACCAAGGACACUGCCCCUGGCCUCAUCAUGGGUGCAGGUAACCUGGGCUCGCAGCUGGUGGAGUAUAAAGAGGAAAUGUACAUCACUUCUGACUGUGGCCACACCUGGCGGCAGGUCUUCGAGGAAGAACACCAUGUCCUCUACCUUGACCACGGCGGUGUCAUUGCUGCCAUCAAAGAUACCUCCAUCCCCCUGAAGAUCCUCAAGUUCAGCGUGGAUGAGGGCCAUACUUGGAGUACACACAACUUCACCAGCACAUCAGUGUUCGUGGAUGGACUGCUGAGCGAGCCAGGGGACGAGACACUGGUCAUGACGGUCUUUGGCCACAUCAGCUUCCGCUCUGAUUGGGAGCUGGUCAAGGUGGACUUCCGGCCCUCUUUCCCCCGGCAGUGUGGCGAGAAUGACUAUAGCUCCUGGGACCUCACUGACCUCCAGGGUGAUCACUGUAUCAUGGGCCAGCAGAGAAGCUACCGGAAGAGAAAGUCUACGUCCUGGUGUGUCAAGGGGAGGAGCUUCACAUCUGCACUCACAUCACGUGUGUGCAAGUGCCGGGACUCUGACUUCCUCUGUGACUAUGGGUUUGAGCGUUCAUCUUCCUCUGAGUCCACUGCCAACAAGUGCUCUGCCAACUUCUGGUUCAACCCCUUGUCCCCUCCUGAAGACUGUGUCCUGGGCCAGACUUACACCAGUAGCCUUGGGUACCGGAAGGUGGUAUCCAAUGUGUGUGAAGGUGGUGUGGACCUGCAGCAGAGCCCGGUGCAGCUGCAGUGCCCCCUCACAGCACCCCGGGGCCUGCAGGUGAGCAUCCGUGGAGAGGCAGUGGCUGUGCGGCCUAGAGAAGACGUGCUGUUUGUGGUGCGGCAGGAACAGGGUGAUGUCCUGACCACUAAGUACCAGGUGGAUCUUGGGGAUGGCUUCAAGGCCAUGUAUGUGAACCUCACUCUGACUGGCGAGCCCAUCCGGCACCACUAUGAGAGUCCUGGCAUCUACCGAGUGUCUGUCAGGGCUGAGAACAUGGCUGGCCAUGACGAGGCUGUGCUCUUUGUCCAGGUCAACUCCCCUCUGCAGGCCCUCUACCUCGAGGUAGUCCCUGUCAUUGGCAUCAACCAAGAGGUGAACCUCACAGCCGUGCUGCUGCCCCUAAACCCCAACCUCACUGUCUUCUACUGGUGGAUAGGCCACAGCUUGCAGCCUCUGCUUUCCCUGGACAACUCAGUGACAACGCGGUUUACAGAUGCUGGAGAUGUGCGUGUGACGGUACAGGCUGCCUGUGGAAACUCAGUGCUUCAGGACUCCAGGGUCAUCCGUGUGCUGGCUCAAUUCCAGGUGGUGCCUCUGCAGUUCUCCAAGGACCUGGAUACCUUUAACCCCAAUACUCCUGAGUGGAGGGAGGACGUGGGGCUGGUGGUCACCCGGCUUCUCUCCAAGGAGACCAGCAUCCCUGAGGAGCUGCUGGUGACUGUAGUAAAGCCAGGACUGCCCACCAUAGCGGACCUGUAUGUUCUGCUGCCCCCUCCCAGGCCUACAAGGAAGAGAAGCCUCACAAGUGACAAGAGACUGGCAGCUGUGCAGCAGGCACUGAACUCUCAUAGGAUCAGCUUCAUCCUCCGAGGAGGGCUCCGUAUCCUGGUGGACCUGAGGGACACAGAUACAGGUCCUCAGAGGCCAAGUGGCAGUGGUGGCUACUGGGCUGUGGUGGUCCUCUUUGUCAUUGGGCUCUUUGCAGUGGGAGCAUUCAUCCUCUACAAGUUCAAAAGGAAACGCCCGGGCAGGACGGUGUACGCCCAGAUGCACAACGAGAAGGAACAGGAGAUGACAAGCCCCGUGAGCCACAGUGAGAGUACCCAGAGCACCAUGCAGGGCAACCACUCAGGUGUGGUCCUGAGUAUCAACUCACGUGAGAUGCAUAGCUACCUGGUGGGCUGA